AUGGGGCCAAGUAAGUAAGACACUCGAAUGGAUGGACUCAUCGACAGCUCAUGUCACUCACGCCCUUGAAUGUGCGUGUGCGGUGUGCAGGCCAUUUUCAGUAUCUGAGCGUCGCCUUGGUCAUCCACGGCCCCAAAUAAGAGAGUCAGAUAGACCGACAGAGCGCGUACCUGCUUGAACUGGCUUCUGGUGUCAGGCCGCUUGAUGCUUCUGCUCUGCAUAGUUAAUUGUGAUCACAAUGACAAUGUGGUAGUCGUUUUGGUUGUGAUAAGGUGUGUGUUUUGUGGCAAAUUUGUGGUGUGACGAUGGAACGGGCCGAACGGCCGGACAUACAUGGACCUGAGGCAUGCAAUCGGUUGAUCAAAUGCCACAUCUUGUCAUGAGUAUGACAUUUGGCAUUUGAUCAACCCAACUGCAUCGAAUUUUUGACAUGAAAUAAGCUGUCAGCGAAGUUUUGUACAUCACACGCGGGUCGAUUCAUCUGUCUGUCUGUGUGUAUCUCUGUGUGUGCGUAUCUGUCUCAGGUGCAACCGCAGGACACGAUGGCACCGUUUUUCGUCAAGGCGACCGCCGACAACAAGAAGAACGUGUGGAGAUACCCAGACCGUGUGGUGUGCUCGAGCGAACAUGGCCGCAGGUGGGAGCUGGGGGCGUGGAAGAGCGAGGCAGAUGCAGAGAGGGCCGUAGUGAAGGUGGCGCAGUGGCUGUGCGACAACCCCAGGGGCUAUCUGGGAUGGGGCCCGAAGUCCACACAGACGUAG